UUUCCCGGCAGCCGCGGCUGAGGAGCGGCCCCGGCGCUGUGCCCGGCCCGGGCAGGAGGCCAAGGAGCCGCUGCUGCUGCCCCGAACCGCCGGGAGCUCGGCGUGACCGGGACCUGAGGGCGCUGGGAGCUGGGGAUUUUUCAUUCCCAGGGCGUGUGUGGAUGGAGGAUGAGGAAAAGCCCUGGAGAUUUCGCACAAGGAGGGGCUGCAAACCCAGCACAGGGAGCUGCGGGGAGGAAAGAGCCCCCCUGAGCCAGGAAGGCGGCCAAAGAUCCAGCCAGAGCUCAGAGCUGGUGGAGAAGCCUCAUGGCAGAGAGAAGCCUCAUGGCAGGGAGAAGCCCCACAAGUGCUUGGAAUGUGGGAAGGGCUUCAGGUGGAACUCCAACCUGAUCCAGCACCAGAAGACCCACACUGGGGAAAAGCCCUACGAGUGUGGGGAAUGUGGGAAGUAUUUCAGCCGGAGCUCAACCCUGAUCCGGCACCAGGAGAGCCACACUGGGGAACGGCCCUUUGAGUGUGGGGAGUGUGGGAAGAGCUUCAGAGACUGCUCUGACCUGAUCCGGCACCAGAGGAUCCACACUGGGGAACGGCCCUACGAGUGUGGGGAGUGUGGGAAGAGUUUCAGCCAGAGCUCCCAACUGAUUCGGCACCAGAUGAUCCACACUGGUGAAAAGCCCUAUGAGUGUGGGAAAUGUGGGAAGAGUUUCAGGCAGUGCUCUGGCCUGAUGAGACACCAGGUGAUCCACACUGGGGAACAGCCCUACACCUGCUUGGAAUGUGGGAAGAGCUUUGGGUGGAGCUCCACCCUGAGAACACACCAGCGCAUCCACACCGGGGAGAGGCCCUAUCAGUGUCCUGAGUGUGGGAAGAAGUUUCAUGUCAGCUCCGAUCUCGUCAAACAUGAGCAGAUUCACACCGAGGAGAGGCCCUUCCGCUGCCCCGACUGCGGGAAGGGCUUCAAGCGCAAUUCCACUCUCACCACCCACCGGCGCAUCCACACCGGGGAGAGGCCCUACGGGUGUCCUGAAUGUGGAAAGAGCUUCUCCAGGAGCUCAGCCUUGACCCAACACCAACAGAGGCACCACUGAGGGAAGCCCUGUGAGUGUCCUGAGUUCAGGAAAAGCUUUGUGUGCUGCUCCAGCUCCAUCCCCCAUUGGUGGAUCCAUGUUGGAUGAUCCCCAGUGACCGUUGUUGGGCAGAUCCGUGGUGACCCCUUAUGGGGCAUAAAACAGAGAGUACAGAGGAACUGAUAAAGGGGCCUGUUAUCUUAGGUCUGAGCGAGCAGAAAGUGUGGGAAAAACAGACACAGAUAAAGCCUCCCUGGGCAGCAAGUGACCAAGCAACAUGUGAGAUUUUGGUAAGAUAAUGUUACCAGGUGACAUGAUGUCAUGAAGAAUGUGUAACCAAUGGGAAAAUGUUACCAAAAAUAGAGCCCCAUAUAACUACCAUGCAAGUGAAACCCUAUAUAAACCUCUGGUAUACUCUAUAAAAUUGGCUUCUGAUCUAAACUCGGAUGUCCCCAUCUCUCCAUUGUCGAUAGCCCCUGUUCUGGGUGAUCCCCGUUGGGUGGGGGGAAGGUGUUGGAGAGAUUUUUUCCCUUCUCCUUGUGCUGCUGUGAUUUGGUUGGUAAUAAAUUCCGUCCUUGUGCCCAGGCUGGCUCUGUUGUCCCCGUGCUGGUGCUGUGGGCAGGAUCUCUCCCUUUCCUUCUCUCUUCUGUGCCACUCCUCAGCCAAUCAGAGAAUGCGAUGAACAGGAAUCAGCCCAUCAGAGAGAGCAGGGCUGAUGACUCACUUGCCGAGCAGAUCCGCAGCACCCAGUGUUCCCCACCUGGCCCCCACCGUCCCUACCCAGUCACAGCCCCCCUUGCGGGGUCCCCCCAAGUCCCUCGCCAGUGCCCCCCAUAAACUGGACUGUGUUUAACUGGGAAGAUUUACUGGGAACACUGGGAGCAGCCAGGUGGGGGCAGAGCGACAGCGGGGCUUGGGGGACACACGACCCACCCCCAAAAUCAGCACGGGUAUGGAGCAGGAGGUCCUGGCCGGGCCCGAGGCCACGGGGAUCUGUUUUCCCUUCUCUAAAUUUUCAGUGUGAGGUGCCCUGAUAAACCAAACACCAUUUGUUUUUUCUGAUUUCUCCUCCAGGAUUUUACAGGUCCAUAUUGUCUACUGUAAUUAAUCUAAUCUACUGCAACCUCACUCCAUGUCCAAACUUUACGGCUACUGGCAGGUGAAUUAGAUUGAGAAGCUGGGGCCUGUGAGGGGAUGGAGUAUGGAGUGAAACCAGAGUCAGUAGAUCCAGUUUGGUUGGUGAGGUUACCAAGGAAUCUACCUAGUCUCUCUAUGGGACCCAAGGCCAUGAUGGUUUUCUGUAAAGUAAUUGCUGUACAUUUAGGUGUUCUGGAAGCCCUCGAAUUAAAGAAGUAAUAAUUUCAGGCUUUACAGGUAAUUGCAUUGGUGACUGAAAACCAGGAAUCAACUUUUAUUCCAUGAAUCAUUUGCAGGCAGGUGGCUUUGUGGAUGCUUUUCAAAACUGGGUCGAGGGUACUGACUAUAGCUAAAGGGUCUCCCCUUUCCAAAGUAUUAAUUCCCCUGGCCCAGAAAGCUGCAUAUUGUGUCAGGGACCAUGUGUCACGCUUAUCUCCUGUUGUUAAGAAAACUCCAUGUCCCCAGUACCCACUAGCCUCCUGUUCAGUUAAUUUAAUUUGAUCUCCACCACUGAGGGACACUCAGAAGACAUAUUCUUCUCCGAUAUUUGUGGAAGGCGGCCAUAUUUUUUCUUCAGCUUAGCUAAUUCGGUAGCACUGAAUGGUAUUUGUUCAGUUGUGAUAUGUGGUUCAAAAUCUUCAUCAUUAAUAUAACUAUAUUCUGUUUUAACCAGGAGUCUCAAAUGAGGGCAGCAGUUUUCUCCACAGUGUUUUACUGCUUCUAGUUCCUUAUGGGGAUAAAUCUGUUUAAUGUGAGGAGUUUCUUUUCCUCUGCCUGUGUUGAGGAAUCAGCAUUCAGUGAAUUCUUAACAUGUUCCUCUCUAAGGGCAGCUCGUAACAGAUGGAUCUCAUUCCUUUAUUAAUUUAAUUGUUUUUGCAAAAUUUCAACUAGGUUUUGAAGGGAGUCCAUUAUAGCUUUUUCCUCACUUCUUCACUUUAAGAGAGUUUCUAUAGCUGCUGUAAGACAAGCUCCCAAAACUGAGCAGACAAUAGUUUCAGUUUUGCCCAGUUUAAAUUUUUUUUCAUGUUGUAAAGAACAUACUCUAUCAAUAACAUUUUCCAAAUUAAAUCAGUUACUUUGUGCCCAUUCUACUCCUCCCGGAGAAGGUUUGGCAUUGUGUUUGGCUAGUAGAGCAUAAAAUUCAGCUUUAACUUUUGCACUGAGGUUUUCAGUCAUUUUAUGAAGGGACCAAAACCAUGAUAGGGAGGUAUAGACUUAAGUUACACAAUCUUACAGCCUUUGCUGUGUUUCCCUUCACUUCCCUGAGUGGGUGAAGAGACUAAAUCUGCCUGGGAGGUUCUACUCAGUUACUUCAAGUUGUCCCUUCACUGUCCAGACAGUCCAGAUUUGCACAUACACAAAAAACAGUUUCCCCUUUUUGCACUAAGAGAUCUUUCAUGAAAUUCUGAAGACAGAACCCUCAAUUGAGUAUGGGGGUGCUUUUCACCUAGGCUUGUGCAGUUUGUUGCAAAUUCGAGUCACCCCCCUUGCUUUCUAGACAACUGCUCACCCCUUUUGGGUUGUUGGGCUCAGUGCAGCUGGAGUGAAAUGUCCUUCCCCUGUUACAGACUACACACAACCCUGCAAACCCCUCUGUCUGUCAGAAUCCGAUCCAUGAUGCCAAUUUAAUGUCAUGAUCUGCUCGUACAAGUGGGGUUGUGAUGGUCCAGUUUACCGAUCUCAGAGUGCAAAAACAACACAGAGGGGAUUUCAGUCUUAAUCAAAACAAAUGCACCUUUUAUUGAGUGCCCAUAGCAAAUGCGAGAGAAGGAAUAGAAAGGAGAUAAAGGAUAGAGGGAGAAAGAAAAAGAAGGGGUGGGAAUAGCUACCAAGGCAGAGACAAAAUUCUCCUGGUCCAGCCAAUAGAUCUGUCUUGUCAUGUUGGGGAGAAUCUCAAAAUCUUUGGAUAACUCAGGGGUCUUUUAUAGUCAUCCACUGAGGGGGGAGCGGAUAAAAGACAAUGUAGAAUAAGUCUAUUGAAAAUGAGUACAGACAGUCCAUGUUCCAAAACAGGACAAGUCAAUCUUAGCAGUGAGUGGGAUCCAUUGUUUUCAGGAUUGGUGUCCAUGAGAAACCAUUCUUGGUCUAGCAAACACACCUGCAGACAGUACUUGGCAAACAUAUUGCAUCAGUCAGGCCAGCGCCCCUGUAUUAGAAUUUUAAGGGUCUCAGUCUCAGUCCUUGGGAGGGGUCCUUACAGUCCUUUCCCUUACAGCGGUCAUGAAGCAGAUGAGGGAUUUUCUGUAGAGGAUCACCAAAGUUACCCCAGAAAGUUCAUUUGGCCAAGAGGUGGGGAAAUUCAUGGACCAUUGUGAUGAGCAGGGAUCGUGAAGCAGGUGUAAGUGUACAGAGCAAGCCACUCGCUGUCAGCCCCUGCUCAAAGCAGUUGUACUGUUGUGACACAGCAAGCACAGCUGCAAACAAUCACUUGGCGAGCAUCCACCUCAACCAGGCCAGAACUCCAGCCAGGGUCUUCAGGAUCUUGGUCUCUGUCCUUGCCACGGUCAGGAGGCAAAUGAGGGAAACUUUGGACCAUCUCUUACAGCAGUUUACUUUAUGGCUUCCUCAACAAUCCCCCCUCUGGGAGAUAUCUUCUGUUAAUGGGCCAUUGAGUGUCACUGCAUGACUGAUAAAAAUUUCAUCAUCCCCUUGUGAGGUGCUCCGGCCAGAGGGAGGAGCCAGGCAUUCCUACCUGGAUAUAAUUUGACAUUUGGAAGAGGAGAGACAGCCUUUUCCCACUGGAUUCCCAGAGGAAGUCCAGGCCCAUCUAUGCCACCACUGGACCUUCAGAGGAUAACUCCACCCUUCUACAAGAUCUCUGCUUCAACAGAACAAUACCUGUCACUGCAGGUGCACUGCAGUCACCAUUUAAUAGGACUGGUACCACCACUGUGACCCACUGGGUGUCAGGUCAUAUUCUGACUCUGUCAGUGGGGUUUUUUGUUUGUACUAUUGCAUUUGUAUUUUUUAUUUUCAUAGUAAAGAACUGUUACUCCCAUAUCUUUGCUUGAGAGAUUUUAAUUUCAAAAUUAUAGUAUUUCAGAGGGAGGGGAUUUACAUUUUCCAUUUCACAGGAAGCUCCUGCCUUCCUUAGCAGAUACCUGUCUUUUCAAACCAAAAUAGAAUGUCAUCCAUAUAAUGAAGGAUGAUGGCAUCUGGGAAAGUCCUUUGGAUGGGAGACAGGACAUGGGCCAUGUACCACUGGCAUAUAGAGGGUGAGUUUUUCAUUUUCUGGGGGAGGACUCACCAGUGGUAGUGCUUCAGAUGUGCCUGUUCAGGGAGGGAAUGGAAAAAGCGAAUCUGGGAGCAUCUCGGAGAUAGAGAAGUAUGUUAAAAAAGUGGCCUUUGAUAUCUAUGACCACCAGUCUCCAGUCAUGGGGAAGCAUGAAGGGAGAGAGAAGGCCAGACUACAAUGACCUUGUUAAUUUUACAAAGGUCAUGGAGGAGCCUCCACCUCUCCUUGCCAGGUUUUUAAGAACAAAGACAGGGGAGUUCCAAGGGCUGUUGGUAGGUACGAUGUGUCCCUUGGAAAGCUGGUCCUCCAGGAGGAGCUCUAGAGUACGUAAUUUCUCUGUUGAGAGGGGCCACAGAUCCACCCACGGUGGGGUGUCAGUCUUCCAGGUGAGUGGUGGGAUGAUGCACUCUGCAGUGGCCCCAACUAGAAAUCCUGGGAUAGAGGUGGAAUAUCAAGUCAAGCUGCCCACUGGGACAACAGGUCCCUGGCCCACAGGAUGAUGAGUGCCCUGACUACAAAUGGCCUGAUGGUGGCAGCUUGGCCCUCUGGUCCUUCUAUUGUGAUAGUAUGCUUGCUCCUCAUGGAGACAAUGGGGGAGAUGACUCCAGUGACAGGAGUCAGCUCCUGGUUCGGGGGCCAUUUCGUUUGUGUAAUGAUAGUAAUGUUGGCCCCUGUGUCCAUCAUACCUUGUAGGUAGAUGUUAUUACCUUUUUUCGACAGGCCACCCUCUAUAAGGGAUCUGUCUUGGCCCAUUAUUUCAACUCAGAAUGCCACUGGGUGCUCUGGGAUAUUGCUAUGUCUAAUGGCAAUAAAAAGGCUUGGGUGAUCACAGUCUCUCUAUGCAGGAAGUGUGGUGGUUUUGAGCAGCAGACAGUGACUUUGAUUUCGACAAUUGGCCCAACAGUUUGAACUGCUGCUAUAACAUGCAUUUCAUUUGGUCCAUGAAUACAAUUACCUAUUACCAGCACAUCCCUCAGGUCCUCCAGGGGUCCAUAUUUUCUGAUGGGAAUAUGAUAGAAAGCAUAGUCAUCAAAUUGUACAGAGCACUCACCCGCUGGCGUCAGGUCCUGACCUGAACUUGCUGGAAAGCUUUGGUGACUCUGGUCUGCUGUUCGGAGUAUGAAGAGCUCCACGGGAAUUUCCCACAUCUUGGACUUCUGGAAUAGUGGGGAGGGUACAGUGAAACAGCUUUCCAUUUGCUGUCUUCAGGCAGGGCCACCCUGCAGUCUGUUGGAAGUUUUUUGGCUGAAAAUGGUUCUGGUGGUGGUGAGGCUGCUGGUGAUAAUGAAACUGAGAACUGCUGUUAGAAUGUCUGUUGCAAUCCAUACAAUGUCAUGAAUGGCACCUCUUUGGUGGCUGCUGGUCUUAAAGCAUUUUGUAUUCUGGACAGUCUGUGGUAGAUAGGGACAGGCGAUCGGAAGAUCACACGAUGUGACGGAAAGCGGUAGGACUCCUUUUCCCCUAAUCCGUUAAGAUAAGAGAUCACCCUACAAAUGUAACUAGGAAUGUAGCCCCCCUAACGAUAGUAAUGCUGGUAACUUUCCACUCCUUACUAACCAUAGAUGGUACUGCAGACCCCCUCUGACAUAGAGAAACCCCUUAGACUAUUAAACCCUACGAGAUGAGAUAAUAAAGGCCUUUGACCAUCUA